UUGAUAACCACGUCCAUUGGGUAACAUUAGAUCCUCCCUACUCCCGAGCCAGUGUCCAUGCUCUCAACCCGUAAAUCCCAAGUAAAGUGUCACAUAUCACCACCAACAACUUCCGUAGCUGUUCUGGUUCCCUCAAGGACCAGUGGAUCUUUGCAAAGACACACUCACGCUUUGCAACCUAAAAACCACUUGGUACUGCUCAACCUGCCCAGCUCAGCUGCCCCAAGUCAGCUCCCUGACCAACCCACUUCCACUCCUGCAAACGAAAAACUUCAAACUACUGCUUUCCAUUGCCUUCCACAAACGCUUUUAGCACCUGUUCAGGUAAGUCAUUCACUCAUUCACUCAGUCACUGACCUUCAUCCGAAGUCCCAAGCCCCACAAUUCGCCAUUCACCCAGAAUGGACGCAGCGCUCGAGCCCUCCCGAAAACAAUACUUAAACCCACGCCGCCGUCGCGAUCCCAACCUUCCCUUCCUCUCUUUCUUCCUCCACCCAUCCACACACACCCGAUUCUUCCCUCACUUAGACCCUACCUUCUUCGAUCCUCCUCCAGUCAAGCAAGACUCGCAGUCCCAACCGCAAUAGCUGAUCACCACAAGAGAAGCUUCGCGACCACCACAACCACAAGUCUUUCUUGAUUGCUCUGUUUGUUCUCAGUCAACGGGAACCACCAAUCCACCAUGAGGUUUGUCAAGAACCUCAUCGCCACGGCGGCGCUGGCAGCGCUCGCUGCCGGCCUGCCCGCUGGGGGCAACAACAACCAGCCCGAUGACACCCUCGGUAAGAAGGACAUCAUCGUCCCCGGUGCCACCACCACGGCCGAGAUCCCCCUCAAGUCCACCCCCGGCGCGGUCAUCACCACGGGGUCCAACAUGAUCAGCGAGCCCCUCUCCCGCUUCGAGAGCAUCACCACGGGCUCUGACAUGUUCACCACCCCCGUCUCCCGCUUCGUGACCAUCACCACGGGCUCCGACAUGUUCAGCACGCCCCUCUCCCGCUUCGACGCUGAGGAGUCCUCCGCUGCGGUCCCUGUUGUUUUCGUCACCGUCACCGUCACCGAGUCCUCUGCCGUCCCCACCGGCCGCGUCUCUGUCACCGCUGCCACCAUCAUCGAGCCUCACCCUGGUGUCCCCACCACGGCCGGCAGCGGCGGCGCGCGCGAGGAUUACCUCAUCCACCCGCCUACCAGCCCCAACGGCGGUCACCCUCACCCCGAUGUCGAGGCUCGCCAGAUGCUGCCUAUCACUUCUUCGGUGACCAAGCGUCAGAUGCUGCCUAUCUCGUCGUCUUUGGCUGAGCGUCAGAUGCUGCCCAUCUCUUCGCCUACUCUUAGCGAGCGCCAGAUGCUUCCCAUCACUUCGUCCUUGGCUGAGCGUCAGAUGCUGCCCAUCUCUUCGCCCACUCUCAGCCAGCGCCAGAUGCUUCCCAUCACUUCGUCCUUGGCUGAGCGUCAGAUGCUGCCCAUCUCUUCGCCCACUCUCAGCCAGCGCCAGAUGCUUCCCAUCACUUCGUCCUUGGCUGAGCGUCAGAUGCUGCCCAUCUCUUCGCCCACUCUCAACCAGCGCCAGAUGCUGCCCAUCUCGUCCCCGACGAUCAACUCCCGCGCCGGCAAGACGACCCCCGCGCCCGACACGCCCUUUGGCCGCCAGCCCGACCUCGGGCUCGCCCGCGGCGACGUGCCACCCGUCAACUCGCCAACGACCAUCACGACCACCACGUGCUCCCGCAAGUCGUGCGCCACCUACACCUACGUCUCGACGGCGGUCGUCACCCCUUCCUCGUCGACCUACACGGGAGGCCCGUCCACCGGCGGAGCUGUCCGUGAUCAGGACCCAACCUUCUCGGUUGACCCGUCUGACCUGCCCACCAUGCCCCCCGUUGCGGCGCGUGACGAGCAGGACAUCACCCUGACGGCGUCGUACACCAUCACCAUCACCGAGCUGCCGGCCUCCACCACGGAGGCGGUCGUCACCAAGCGCGAUCAGGACCCAACCUUCUCGGUUGAUCCCUCCGACCUGCCCACCAUGCCCCCAAAGCUUGACGAGCAGAGCAUCACCCUGACAGCGUCCUACACAAUCACCAUCACCGAGCUGCCAACCUCUACUCAGGAGGGGGUCGUCACCAAGCGCGAUCAGGAUCCAACUUUCUCGGUUGAUCCCUCGGACCUGCCUACCAUGCCUCCAGCGCGCGACCAGGACCCAACCUUCUCAGUCGACCCUUCCGACCUGCCCACCAUGCCCCCAAAGGUCGACGAGCAGAGCAUCACCCUGACGGCGUCCUACACGAUCACCAUCACCGAGGUCCCAAUCGCGGCGGGCUCAGCCACCGCCCUCCCCGAGGCGGGCCCCGUCGAGCCCAAGGGCCCCUUCAGCGGCGCCGGCGCCUGGGUCGACCCGCCCAUCGACAGGCACACCUACAGCUACAGCAGCCCCACGCCCGUGCCCGUGCUCAUGGUGUCGGGCAAGCCCGUCCACCCCACCGGCAGGCCCCAGCCUACCACGCUGGUGACUUCUCUCGUGCGCUCCGCUGUUUAG